AUGGGGCGGAAGAAAAAGGCUGAAAACGGGGAAUUGAAUGUUGGUACGAGUGGAAGUGCGGCUGUUGCUGAAGUUAAGCCGCUGUCGACUGACUCGGAUGACGACCAAACUUAUGAGGUGCACUCAAUCAUUGCUUCGCGCAUGACUGAAGCAGGUAGACUCUUUCUGGUGAAAUGGGAGGGUUUUACAGACGAAGACAACUCAUGGGAGCCCGAAGACAAUCUUACUGGAUCGAUUGACAAAGUAAAGGACUACAUGGCCUUGCGCAAAAGUUGGAUGUCAAAAAUGCCUGCAUCGAAGAAGAUUAGCUAA